AUGGAACAAAAAAUAGACGAGCUGCUAAGAUAGCUCCACAAAUUUUUGUUUGCAGAUAGUGAACAAGUUGUCAACGAACUAAGGAUCUACAUCCUAGAUGAAUCGUUGAAAGAGGCAGACCUAGCCUUCAUUUCUUCUAAGAUUUUUAACUCGAACUCAAGUCUGCUUGAAUUUUUGCGGGAAAACUCACUACACAACGACAAACUGAUAUCUAGCGUCAAGAAGAAGGUCUAUGAGCUUAUUAUUGACUACUUGAAACUUAGAUCUCAAGAGGCGACGCCAUAUCUAAAACUGCUUAAAGAUACAUGUCUAAGGUCAUUCAGGAGUGAUCAUAACAGUCUGGUGAAAGAAUCUAGUCUUCAACUUCUGAUCAAGAUAAUAGAGACAUUCAACUCAAAAGAAAUAGAAGAAAUGAUAAGGCCAAACGACAUGAUGGUUAUGCUGCUAGAUGAAAUCAAACUUAGAAAACCGUCAGCCACAGUAAAAGGCACCAUUUGGACUUUGAUCGGCCUACUGCAUGAAAAGUAUGAACAACUAAAUGACUUCAAAGUAGAAUCUCAGGACGUCGGAUUCCAAGAACUGGUAGCUCAAAUGAAAUCAGAAAAGCCCGAGAUUAAAGCAAUAAUAGGAAUGCUCAAGGGUUUCACUCAUUCACUUGUAGGUGAAUGUACCCUAGACUAAGAUUAGCUUGAUGCUCUAUAUGUCUGCUUAAAGACAGCUAUUCAGCCGAUAUUAGAUAUGCAGCACAAAGGUGUGAUGAAAUCAGCUAUGAAGUUAUUGGGUACUCACAUAAAUCUGUUCAAGAAGCAUGUGACUCGUCAUGCAAUAGAACUGGUGGCUUUAACUCUCAAGCUAUGUGUGAAUGAAAACAUGGAAACCAGAGAUGCGGCUAAUGAAAUGCUAGUUCAUAUCAUGCAAGAGAUCUCUGAUGGCAUUACCAUUGAUAGCAGUAUCCACGAUGAUAUCUUCAGAAAAAUCAUGAAAGAAUUCGAGACUAUUCUGAAUAAUGAAACAAAUCAGACUAAUGUGCUUUUGAUUUCGACAAUUAAGGCUGUUGGAAUAUUUUCAAAGGCGAUUAAAACAAAGAGUGGCGAUGAUGCACUCAGAGAGUAUUUAAGUAAAUUGACAACGCUUUCCCAAAAUAAGAUUAUUAAGGAAUUUGAACAGUAAGAAGAUCCUAAGAACGAUUAUAAAAACUUCAAGCAGAUAUUGAAGAAGUAAAAAUAGCUUUUGUCAUUUAUUGAGUCUUAUUCAUUUAUUAUUUAAAACCUAGAUUCUGAGCCAUCUGAUGAGGUUACUCAGCAUUUCCUAAAGGUGUGCGAGAUCGGUGUUCGUCAUCACAGGAAAUUAUAUUAAAAGUAUAGAGAUAGAUUUUAUGAGGCUCUUGCAUCAUUUACAAAAGCAUUAUCUAAACAUCAGAAGGCUUUUGCUAAUUGGAUUUAAAAAUUUGUGGAUUUAAGUUUAAUAUAAACAUUAAAAAUACCUGAUGCAGUACUCUUUGGAGGAGAGAGUCCCUAUGAAAGUUUACAAGAUGCAGUCUAAUUCUGGCGCGAAUGGCUCAACAAAGAUAAGAUUUGGUCCGAGUAUACUUGCCAAUACGUUUACGGUGAGCUUAUACAAAGAGUCAUUAGAAUUAUUAGCGAUCUCAACUUAACAUACAAAGUUGAGAAAGGUCGUAACAACAAUAAAGAUGGUAAUUAGGAUGAAAGCAACAAUAACAAUAAUGGUCGUGAUCCUCAAAUACUGAAUUAGGAAUUAACAGGACUACAUCAAGAUUACAUCGUUCAGUAUAUUGCAAAUAAUAACACAGAUCAACAAUUCCUAGUGAGGCUUUCUAAUUUCGCAGAAAUGUUUCUUCUCCAAUGCAAAGAUCAAUGGUUCCUAAAGUGGAUACCAUAGUUUACAGACACCUUAAUUAAGAAAGCAUCUUAAACUCCUAGGAUAUCAAAGUUAUAUUAGCUGCUGAAAGUUUGUAUGUAGAUCUGUAGUAAUCAUAGAUACUUUGAAGUUAGUGAUGAUAUUGAUAGUGUUGCUAAGAAGGGAGAAAAAUAGAAUACCUAUAACAUGCUCCUAACAUUCUUUAAGGAACUUAUAGGAAAGCAAGAAGAAUACUAAGACGAAUUGCUGACGAGCUGCUUGGAUCUAUUAUUGCAUGUACCGGUUCAAAUACUGUAUAGACAAGACAAGAAAACUGACAAUGUGUAAAACUGGAAAGUAAUUAUGCAAAAAGCUAUUGAUUUGGGCAGAAACAAUAAUCAACUUGCUUGGAACAGUAUAAACAUGCUAGAGUAAUGGUUUAAUCUUCUUCCCAUGAAUGUCACUUUAGAUCUUUAUCAUGACAUACUUCCAAAGUUAAGUGACUUCCUCCAAGUGGAUGAUAACAAGAAAUAAAAAAAACUAAAUGAUGCCACAGGUGGAGAUACUUACUAAUAUCUUGAGAUGCUGAAAUCUGGUAAUGAAGUCAAUAUUGAAAGGAAGGAUAUUGCUCUGAAAGUAAUGGAUCUACUCGGUAAAAUAGGAGGUAAUGCUCACUCAAUCAUUAGCAAUGAGUAAAAUAAACUAAUUGAGAGAGAAAAUUUCAUCAAAUGGGAUCCUGAAAAAAGAUUGAAAUUCACAGUACCACUUUAUACUAAAAAGGUUGAUAUCUAUUUUGAUGCAUGUCUUCCGAAGGUUGUUGACUUAGCAAAAAAUUCAUCCGAUAGAGAAACAAGAGUAGCUGCUUGUGAGUUCUUGCAUGCUCUCAUAAUUUAUAUGAUUGGUAAAAAUGCUAGUGCUCCAAAAGGUAGGGGUAAUCAAUAAUAGCAGGAAGUUGCACCAUUUGCUAAGAUUUACAAGAAAUUAUUCCCUGUGAUGAUUCACUUAGCAACUGAAGUGGAAAACAUAUCAAGACAACUAUUUGAGCCUCUAAUAUUCUAAAUUGUUAGAUGGUUCUCUAACUCAACAGUUUACGAUCAUCCUGAAGUUGAGUCUUUACUAGAAGCAUUAAUUGAUGGAGCUUCCAGUAGAAAUAAUAGCGCCUCAAGAGACCUUUGCUCUAAUGCAGUGGCUGAAUUCGCGAAAUGGAGUUUGAAAUAAAUGACUGAUAAAAAUAUCAAAGAAAACCCUAACAACAUCAAAUCUUUAAUCAGAAGAAUUGAAAGUAAUUCCAACCACCCUGAUCCUUUUAAAAGACUGUCGUCAGUGCUUUGCUUUUCAAAGAUAUUUUCAGUUAUUAGAGAACAUGAUCCCUUGAUUGAUAGAUUUUGCAUGGAAAUAGCGCACAAUGUACUAGGUUCUCUGAAGAUGUGCCACAACAGCAUUGAGUUCUCAUAAGAAGUAAUUGAUAACUGUAUAAUGAUGCUUGAAAAGGUAUCUAAAGUUGUUCAAAGAAAGAUAUCUAUUCUAAUGAAUGUUAAUCCAAAGAGGUCGAUUCACUAGAGUGUGUUCACAUUCAUUCUUUACUUGUUUGAGAAAUUUGUGGCUAUUGAGACUGUUUGCAGAAGAGAAUCUAUGAAACUAUGGGAAGCUAUUGUUAGAUGCAUUCCUCCAACGAAUAUUGAGAAUAUGCCAGAUAACCCAGUAAAAUGGAUAUUUAGCUAUUAUUUGCAGAGAAGAGGGGAAAAAGCUAUUUUUAAGAGGUUUGCAAAAAUUUCAUUUAUCGAGCAAAACUAUGACGAUCAAAAUGAUCAGCUCAAUCAUAGGCUUAGAAGUGAAGCAGUGAGAAAGACUAUGCUUUCUGAAAAGUAAAAGACAAUCGAAAUGCUCACAGCUUAAAUUGAAUGCUUUAACUUCUUAUUAAGUAGGAAGAUUGCCUCAUUCUCAGAUAUCAAGAGUAAACUCGUAGACAUUAAUGUUUGGAUGGGAAAUCUCUAUUCAUUCUUGGCAGAUCACAUAGUAAUAAAAUUUGUAAAGAAUGAAAGAAAAUCCUUAGAUAAGUUACUAAUCUGUAAAGAGGACAAAGAAAUAUUGACUAAAUCAAGAAUGGUUCUUAUCACUUAGUUUCUAAGGUACUUGGAUUAGCUUGAUGAAGAAUCACUCUUGGCUCAUGCUGAUCUCUUCCAGAAGAAUUGCAAUUUCAAUCUGAUUCACUUUUGCGUUUAGAUAAUGGUAAUUCCAUUGAUUCAUCAACUCUAAGUUUUGGUUGAAGAUCAGGAAUUAGAGAGAUAAUUAAGAAACCAGAGUGAAUUACUCCUAAGAAAGCUAGUUGCUAUUAAAAAUCUAGAUCUGGCAAAAAUCAUAAAAAAAGACAUAGUUCCAAGCAUGAGAUGCAUCAACCUAAAUCACAUGACUGUAGAUAAUGUCCAAAACUAUCACCCGAAAAUGCUUAUGUCAAUGUGCCUAGGCUACCUUAAGUUAGCUUCCAUUGAUCCAAACAUUAAAGAAUACUUGAUUUCAUUUAGAAGUUUGCCAACCAUUGUAGAAGCUUGGUUUGACAUAGACACUCCUAUUUCUAAUGAAUCUGCAAGAGUGCUUGUCAAAUUCUUAUCCAAAUUGGAAAUUCCAAAUGAGACUUUAUGCGAAUGGCUCACUAAAAAACAUUUACUAUAUUAGAAAUCAAGCGAUCUGCUACUUAGUUACAUCGCUGAGAAUUGGAAUCAUUUUAAACUAAAUGUUGGGGAAUACCUUAUCAUUAAAGCUAAAGAUGAACCAAGCCUAUAUGCAGUUUUUAUUCCUAUCCUUGAGAAGCUGAGUUAGAAAACUCCAAACUACUAUAAAAUACUUCUAAGGUCAGUACCUGAGAAUUGGAAUGAACAAGAGCGAACAGAUUUCACAGAAUUCGAAGUUGCUACCAGCAAAGUCAAGAUAUAUACUUUUAUUGCAAAUGCUUGUUAGGUUCAGCUUAGAGACAGAUCGAAUCACUAUGCAAUAAAGUUCAUAGAUCACCUUUGCGAAAAAGUCAGUAAGUAUCUCAAAGAGAGGUACCCAGUUCACAUCAAGCGAGAAGUCCUAAAUUUAGUUGGAAUGAUAUAUAACCUUGAAACACAAAGAGAGAACGAAUUCGUUCAUGACAAGGAUAAUAUAAAUUUUAGCUUGAGGACUUUGCAAUCCUAAUUUUUCCCAAUAAAAACAAGAGAACUCGUGAGAAAUUCAAAUGUUUACAAUAAUUUCCACAUAAUAGUGGAAGGAUUCCUUAGUUUACUCAUCUUAUCAAAGAAUUUGAAAGUAUUAAGAAUGAUCUACAAUAGUAUGAGAGAAUGGAAAACAACAUACGAGCCUAGUCUGAAGAGAACUCUCAAAAUUAUCAUUGAGCAAUCAAUCAAUAAAAUGCCUCUUCAUUAGUUUAAACAGACAUUCUCAUAGUUUAUGGAUGAAUUUAUGAAUAGAUAGAUUGAUUUGUCUGUAGAUGAUAACCUAAGAUGGGCCAUUAUGAAAAAGAUAAUUUUAAAGAUACUUGAAUCUUGCAGCUAAGAGUUCUUAGCAGAUAUCAUGAUUGAAUUUACUCCUUAGCUAGAGAUCGUACUAAAGGAAUCUAUCUUUCUUUAGAAAGACCCACUUGAAUAAUAUUAACUCAUUAAGCAAAAGAAAUGGAUAUUUCUGGUGUUUGAAGUAAUGUUUAGAAGACUCAAGCCAGAGACUAUCAGACAAUAAGUUCAUAAGAAGCUAUACGGAGAAUCUUCUCCAGGCAAUGAAUUAACCAAGUCUCUUAUUUAACUGUGCACUCUAGCAAAGAAAGCCCCUAUAGAUGGAUUUGUAAACUUUGUCAAGGAUUCAAUUAAAUCUGAAUUCCCAUAAUACAAUAGCCCCUUGCAAGUUCAAAGACAAUACGCUUGUGCUGCCUACACUUGCCUCACUGCAAUUAUUAUGGGUACAUAAACUAAGGAGAACUUAUUUUCUUAAUUCUUGUUUGCAACAUUAAGAGAUAAAGGCGAAGAGUGCUUCUGGAAUGUGCUAAUUGACCAAGAGAAAGCAUAUAACUUUGAAGUUGAGACUAAUUUCAACUAUAUUCAACUAAAGUAAAUAGAGUUCAAGAUUGAGCAGGCAAAUGGAGGUGACAUUUCACAGAUAAAAGCAAAUAAUCUAAUCAAUGAGUAUAAUGAGAAAUUCAAUUCUGCGAUGGUAUUUGAAACGCAACCAGAUAAAAUAAAUAUUAAGAGUGAGGAAGAGAAACUUCAAAAGCUGCUGAACAACAAAAAACAGAAUACCAACUAAGACUAAAAUAUGCUAGACAAGUCAGCUGCAGAUGAAGACUCUGAAAUCUAAGAUGUUUCCUAGUUGGAGUUGGAUAAUGUCAAUAAGCACGAGUGUAUGAAAAACAUCAAGAGAUGUAUUGAUAAAAUGAGCGAACUAUUUAAGAGGGAAUGGGAUCAAAAUACAAAUGAAAUGCCUAAUCCUCAACUGUUUUCGGCAUAUGCUAAGGAGUGGUUUGAACCGAUAGCUAAUUACUUAUGUGACAAGAACAAUGGGGGUAAAGGAUUCCAUUAUUUCAUGAGAGACCUUUGCACUUUACUAAUAUCUUGGAAUUACAUUCCUGAAGAGAUUAUUGCUGGACUAUUACACAGAUGGAAGAAAUUAGUGGCUAUUAAUAAGGAUGUAAUUAGUAUGAUGAUAGGCAUGGAUGAUAAGAAACCAGAAUCAAAUCUAUGGAAGAUGACUGGAAUUCAGAUUCUUGCUUUAGCAGUUUCUUUUGACAUUUUGGUAAUCGAGAAACCAGAAAACAUAGGCCAGACUAAUGUUAAUCAAAGAGAAUUUCGAUUCUAAGAAUAAAAUGAGAAUCAGUUGGGAGACAAACUGAUGAACUCAUUACUGAAAAUCUUAGAAAGCAAAAAGAAGUAGAUCAUUCAAGCAGCAAGCGAGACCCUAGGAAAAAUACUCAACAAACAGCCUUCAUUGGUUGCUUAAUCCAUUCAUCCUCUGAUGAAUAAUGAAAUAACUGAGAGGCAUGAUGUAUUUGUGCAUUCAAUAGAGAAAAUAACUCGAGAAUACCCAGAACUGCUCAUAGAUAGAAAGAUCUUUAUGAAGUUAUUGUCUUUUGUCAAAACUCUAACUGGAAGUAUGAGGGCUUCUAUUCUAAAGUCAUUUGAAAGAUUUAUUAAUGUGUGCCGAUAAAGAAAGAAGAUCGAGGACAUUAAUGAAAUAGCUAUGUCUCUGCUUGCUGACUCUGAGGAGAUCCUAGCAGAUAUAUCUGAUGAAAACCAACAAUCAUUCUUGAUUUUGAUUACUUAAAUAGCAAAGUUAAACUUAGAUACUGGUGAUAAGCUAAUGCAAAGAGUCUUGCCAAGAUUAAAGCAAUUAUUCUAGCAUAAUAAGAAUGAUUACUCGAGAGGAUUAUUUUAUGACUUAAUGGUUUAUCUCUAUGAUCAGUUUGAAAAUUUCAAGCCUUUAGUAAAGAGCGCUCUGAUAAGGGGAUUGAGCGAUAAGACUAAAGUAGUGAGAAACAAACUUAUAAGUUUCUGGAGUGACUCAUCUAGAUUGGGGCUUGAUCCAAACUAACGUCUACUGCAAAUUAUGAAUGAUUUGUAUACUUAGGAAGAGGAAAACAUCUGGCUAAAUAACUCUGUAUUUCUUCUCAUGCAGAUAUGCUCUUAGUCUUCAGAUUUCAAUAGGAAAAUAUUUGAUGCUCCACUUUAAGACUGCAAAUUCUAGCCUUUGGAGAUUAAUCAGUUUGGCCAUCAGCUAAAUAGAUCCCAACCACUAACACCCCUUUUAUCCUAGAUGGAUCAGAUAUUCCAGGCAUCCUAAAUGCAAGCUAAAGACCAAUAACUAGGAGUAAUUAAGGAAGUCUAGAAUGAAAACCCAGAUGAAAAUAUCGCAGGAGAUGUAACAAUGAUAGAUACUACUGUAUCAAACUCUAAUAGGAAUCAAAGAAGACCUUAAAUUUAAGCUUCCCAAAUUGGAUCCCAAUCAGUAGUAGAAAUUUCAGACACUCAAGCCUAGGAUGGAAAUUUUGUCAGAGCAACUCAAGUCCCUGUCUUCACUUAAACUCAAUCUGACGUAUCAAGCCUGAUAGCUUCAAAUUUCUAUGGGAAUAAUCGUUCUUCACCACCAAUCACCGAUUCAAUAUCAGCAUCUUUCUAUGAGAUCAACAAAUUUAAUAAGAAGAGGCCUAAUCAAGGAUAAGUCGUUAAUUUGAGAAUAGGGGCUUAGAGUUCGUAAGAUAAGGUAGCCGAUGACGAUGAUGGAUUUAUUGCCCCAGUCGCAAAAAGAAAAGGAAAAGCUGACCUCGCAAAGUUCUUUGCUCAAAAUCAGUAUGUCUACAGACCUCAAGAAUCACAAGGGUAAGGCUAAAGAAUUAGAUAUGUACCUCAAGGUUCAAUGCCAGCUCAUCUGCAGAAAUAAGAGGAAAUUAGGAAAAUGCAAAGAGAGCAAUAUCUCUAAAGAUAGAUUUAAAGGCAAAAGCAUUAGGUUGGGUUAUAUAGAAGAUAUAGAGUGGGAGAGCUUCCAGAUAUCUAAAUAAGUUAUGAAGAUGUCUUAAAGCCAUUAUAGGCUAUCACAAAGAGUGAUCUCACAAUUGCUACAGAGGUCUUUGUUGAAAUCUUUUCAGAGCUCUAUAAAUCGUAAAAUGAUUAGCAGCAGAGAGAAUUGCUUGGUUAAGGUGUUAGGAAUAUUCUCAAUGAGUCAAUAUUGUAUGACUACGGGUGUAUCAACUGCAUUCAUAGAGUUGCUAUGGAAUUGCUUAAAACAGAUGGCUUUACAAUUGAGGCAAAUAUUAUCCAAAGAACUGGAUAGCACUCAAUGUCAUUCCAAACAGCCUUGGCUCUUCUAGAGGAAAGUAUAAUCCAUGGUAAACAAAUAUAAGACGAGCAAUUCCAGCAAGCUAUGGGUAAGUAGGGUAACAAAAAAAGAAAAAUCCAAGACAACAGUGGCUAAAAUUAAAAGAACGGUACAGGAUUCAUGUUUAAUAAAGUUUUGGAUGGGAAUAGAAAAUACUGGUUUAAUCUCAUUGACCUCUAUGAUUAAAUUGGAAAUGAUGAUGCCUUACAGGGGAUAUGGACAUUUUUAGCUGAUGAGGAAGGUAUUAUAUUUAAAGUAAAGGAUGACUAAGAGAAACUAAGCUAAGAUUAGGAAAGGACAGUCAAUCUAAUUAAAGAGGCUCACUGCUUAAGAACAAAGGGAUCUAUUGAUAAGGGGCUUAAAGUGCUAGAAUAAGCAUUGAAUGAUAAGAGCUUGACUGAUUGCUUGGAGGAUCACAUCUUAUGCGAGCUUGAAAAUAAACAACUAGAUUCAAAAGCUGAACUACUGAAAUGGGAUGAGCUAGCCAAAGACAUGAGUGAAAAAUAUCAUAGCAAGUAGCUAAGUGAGAUACCAUUCAAGCAUGCUGAGAAAAUGAUUAGAGCUCAAAUUAGAACUGAUGAGUAUUGGAAUAACCUUACUAAAUAAAUUGCGUUCUGGUAGAAAGAUUAAGUCUCAAAGGCUUACUUGGAUAAGAAUUUUAAUUAUGAGUUAGCAAUCAAUUCUCUUACUUGCAAGGACUAUGACAGAGCCAGAUUCUAUUUAGAUAAGGAGACUAAUGAGCUUUUAUCUCAAUGGAAAAAUUUGACAAAGCUAUCUUAAGUGGCACAGCAUUUCUUAGUGCAAAGAAUAUAGAAAAUAUAUGAGAUGAGGGAAUUCUUAUAAUCAAUAAAGUAAGAGGGACUCUAAACUAAGAGUGACAUAGUACCUUAAGUCAUUAAGUCGAUUCAUAAGUGGAUGGCCAGAGUGCCAAGCUAUGCAUUUGACACAAUUGUUGUUUGGGAUGAUAUAUUGACGGCAAGGAACUUAUACAUUGAUUUGUACAAAUUCAGACUUAAAGAUGAAUUCACUACUUCUUUAAAGCAGCAUAAGGAUCUAGCUGAUAUCGGAGCUAUAUUGCAGGUGUAAUGUGCUAAAGGUUCUUACAAAAUGGGAUUAUUUGACAGCAGUGACAGGUUCUUAAAGAGAGCCUUGAAAAUAAGAGCUGAUGAAGACAAAAAUUCUCAAAAUAUGAAAAUAGUUGCUCCAAUCAUUAAGCUUAAAUGUGAGCAAUUCAAAGUAGAUACUAUGAAUCUCAACUUUGCUGACAAAGGGGAUAAACUACAAAAGAUUGUGAAGGUAUUUGACUCCAAAAUGCAAGAAUCAUUUGGAGAGGAUCAGCAGUUUUAAGAGGAUCUAAGGACUGAGAUCAAAUGCAUACUCUUGAAGCAGAAGCUCGAGAAGAAAAUGCUAAAUAUAAUCUUCCAAGGUGUCUCUGCAGAAAAAGAAAUAAAGCAUCUUCAAAGGUAUCAGAAAGAUUGUACUACAUACCUCGACAGGUCCUUCAAGACAUUAGAUCAAGUCAUUAAAAAGGUGCAAACAGCAGCGUAGUUUGACGAUCAAAUGAAGAAGACAAUGGCAAAAACAUACUUCAAAUUUGCUUAGUUUAGUGAUAAGAUCCUGAGGAAAAUGGAGAAUGACUAAUGCAGAUAUGUGAUUACUAAUUCAUUGAAGCAGCUUAAUAAAAGUGAGGAGCAAGUUGCUAGAGAUAGCAUUAAAUACGGUUUAUUAUCCUUGAAUCACGAGUAUCAAAAUGCUUCAGACAUCAUUCCUAGGCUACUUGAUAUCACCAGCAAGUAUAAAGAUCAUGUUUAAGGUGAUUUCAUUGCCUAUUCCAAAGAAACACCCACUUGGUACUUUUUAAGAUGGAUUAAUCAGAUUGUUGCUGUAGUUAACCGUCCAGAAUCUUCUGUUAUUGAGGAGAAGGUUAUUUAAAUAGCAAAGAAAUAUCCGCAAGCUCUUUAUUAUCCUUUUAAAGUUGUUGAAAGUAAUGUUAAAGUGAAUGUUUUAGAUUCCGAUGUUCAAAAAACUUAGCUAUUUCAAAAGUUGAGCAAAUAUUACGAAAAGACAUUUAGGAAUCUUAAUGCUUGGGCUGAAGCUCUUGAUUGUCUAGUAUAUCCCGAGCAUAGAUUCAAAUAUUGGCUCUAGAUAAUAAAUGAUAUUGUUAGUGAUGAUAACAUGAGAGGAAUCCAGAAAGCAAAACUUAAGGACAUAAUUAUUAUGAUGGCUUAUGAUUUAACUUGUACCUAAAAAGAUCUUUUAGGUGAUCAAGUAGGAUCCUAUAAUAGGAAAUUUGCUGAACUCUGGGAUAAAGUCUUUGCAAAAGAAUUUGGUUCAAAUUUAAACCGAGUUGACAAAAUGAGUAAUAGUGAGAUUAUAAAGAGCGUUCAAAAUUUGAAUAAUAAACUCAAUCAGUCUAUUGGAAAUUUAGGCUAAGGUUAUGAGAAACUAUCAACUUUCAGUGAAUGGCUUGAUUCACUGGAUUUUAAUGAUUUUUACAAUCCAUCUGAAUAUAUUGAGUUGCCAGGAUAAUAUGAGGGACUCAAAUCAGAGCCUUUAAUAGAGAAAAAUGUUAAGAUUGCUAGUGUCAAGAAAACUCUGCUAAUCCUUGGCUCAAUUAGAAGACCAAAGAGAAUAACAGUUCAUGGAUCAAAUGAAAAAGAUUAUCACCUUUUGAUAAAAGGAGGAGAGGAUUUAAGGCUUGAUCAAAGAGUUUAGCAGCUAUUUUAGAUUAUCAAUAGCAUUUUCAAGGAUGAUGCCUAAUGUCAAAAUAGAGACUUAUACAUCAAAACUUUCAAAGUAGUACCAAUAACAAACAGAUUAGGAACUUUGGAAUGGGUAGAUGAUACUGAACCAAUGAAAAGUUUGAUUAAUAGAGAGCAUAUGAGAAAUGAAGCAGGAAAGGAUUUGAACCAAAGUAGGGCAUUGAAUGAAAGAAGAAAAUGGUUGAAGUCUAGUGUUCCUGGUAAUGCAAAAAAGGAAGGAAUCACUGAUUAGCACAUUUGCCUAUUAGGAUGUGAUGAAAAAAUUGUAAUAGAAGGAUUCAAUAAGCACAAAGAAGCGAUCCCAUGGUAUUUACUCAGAAAUGGACUAGAGAACUUAUGUUUAACAUCAUCUGCAUUCUUGGCAAUUAAAAAUCAGUUUACUAAGUCAUUAGCUACAUUUUCAAUUGCAUCUUACUUAAUUGGUAUUGGAGAUCGUCAUUUAGAAAAUUUCCUAAUUGAUACUAGUGAUGGAGAGAUACUUGGUAUAGAUUUCGGUAUUGCGUUCGGUUCAGGCAUACAACUUGGCAUUCCUGAGUUGAUGCCAUUUAGGCUUACUUAGUAGAUAGAAGGAGUAAUUGCUCCUCAUCCUUUAGAAGGAGUUUAUAAACAGACUAUGGUGCAUGCUUUAAAUGCUUUGAAACAUAGAAAGAGUUUGAUCAUGGACACUUGUGAGAUAUUUGUUAAAGAACCUUUGCUUGAUUGGGUCAAAGAUGCCAAGUAAAGAUAGAAAAAUGGAGAAAAUAACGAUAAUGGAAUGGUUGAUUCCUUAAUAAGCGAGUAUGAAGAAGAACUAUAAGAAUUAGCUUGGUAUCCAAGAAAGAAGAUAGAAGUAAUGAAGGACAAACUGAAUGGUCUCAAUCCUGUGAGAAUUAUGGCUAAAGAACUUCAGGACUCAAAACAUGAAAAGAAGCCCUACUUCAAAGUGAUUCUAAAUGCUAUAAAAGGUUAGGAAUCAAGUAUAAGAUAUAAACUAUUAGCUUAGAACAGAAGAUAUUUAGAAGUUGAUGAGUUUAUUGAUUGUCUUAUUGAGUAAUCAAGAGAUCCAAACAUAUUAGGAAGAACUUGGAUUGGUUGGAGUCCAUAUGUUUGA